UUACUUUCUUUUCAACACACAUCUUGCGCAGCUCACAGAGAGACCAUCUGAAAGAAGAACAGCGAUCAGUUGUCAACUUUCCUUUGAAAGUCUAAAGCUUUACGUUUUUAUGGUGACGUUGUGGAAUCGCGUUUUCAGAACAUAUUAAUGACACCUAAACCACAGUAAUAACUUUAUAACAAGUUGCUUACUUCAUCGAAACGGGCAUCAUGACGGCGGAGCAACAUGGUCUUUUGGACUUGGCCAAAAAUCAGCUGAAUUUGGACUACUGUGACUUUGACAUGACGAGGUUUGACGUGAAAAAGGAGGCAGCAGCGUUGGGACCUGGGCGUUCAUUCAUUCAACAUUGCAGUGUACAAGUACCAGGCUCCGUGUCCAGCACACCGAUGAGCACCCCGUGUAGCUCCGUGCCUUCAUCGCCAAGCUUCAGCCCGAGUGGACAGAGAAGCGGUGCUGAAGAUCUCUACAGCUGGACCCUGAGCACUGGGGCUUAUCCACAGCACGCUGAUCCACACUGUCUCGAUCUCACAUCUGAGGAUGUCCGGGAAGCCCUAAGCGCAAAUCUCAUGCAUGGACACCCGGCGCCUCAACAGAUGCAUCCAGAACAGAUCCAUCAGGCAGAUAUGGAGGAAUACAGAAGCAUGGGUCAGUUCCACGCGCCAAACGUGCAUCCGUAUCACCACGAGCAGUUCACCGAUCUCGACGCGCUCCAGAUGCGCGCGGGUGCGCACGACUUUACGCAUGGAAAAGGCGUCGAACAGUUCAUGCAACACCUCGACUGUUCACCUCAAAGUGCGACACACCUGCUCAAGUCCCACAACAUCCAUCAACAGCAGCACCACAGACGGAACGAGCGCGGCGUCAGCGCGGAGAACCGCUUCUCAGACCAGCAGCUGGUGACCAUGUCUGUGCGCGAACUGAACAGACACCUCCGCGGCAUGAGUAAGGACGACGUUAUCCGCCUGAAGCAGAAACGCCGUACCCUGAAAAACCGGGGAUACGCGCAGUCCUGCAGACACAAGCGCGUUCAUCAAAAACACAUGCUGGAGCACGAGAAGACGAACCUCGCGACUCAAGUUGAGCAGCUGAAGCACGAGCUCAGUCGGUUAGUGCGCGAGAGGGACGCGUAUAAACUGAAAUGCGAGAGACUAGUUGACGGAAUGAACUCUAGUGAAAAUACAUCAUCGCCUAAAUUCUUGCGAUAGCUGAACUAGUUUUUAUGUCAAUCUGUGGACAUGCACUGUAAAAGGGAAAAAAGUGAUUUUUAAUUCUGUCAGGCAGUAACUAGGCUAUUAUAUAUAUAUAUAUAUA